GUCGCGUUGUGUUGCUUCUCAGACCAUAACCACCAUGUCGCAACUUUCAGCUGGCAUUUGUCUCCGCCUACAUGAAGCAGCCCCAGGUGAUAUCGAAACACUUGGUUCUGGCUAUACCGUCCAGCUGUUAUCAAUCAAGAAAGUGACACCUACUGCUACUGCUUCAAACCCAGCUAUGGACAGGUUUCGCAUCAUUAUAUCUGAUGGCGUGCAUUUCGUGCAGGCGAUGUUAGCUACUCAGCUGAACCGCCUUGUAUACGAUAAUGAGAUCGGCAAAAAUACUGUUGCCAUCAUUGAUAAGUUGACCUGCAAUUUCGUCCAGGAUAAGCGUUUGAUCAUUAUCCUCGAUCUACGAGUAGUUUCAACAAACGAGGAUAAGAUUGGCAAUCCUAUCUCCCCAGUAAACUUGCCUGCUUCUGAACAGGUUUCUGCCUCGCCUGUGCCCGAGGCCUCAACUUCUAACGCCUCUAUCCCUCAAACGAAGCCCCAACCAAGCCGCCAGAACCAAGCUGCAAAAGGUGGUCGACAGAACUCCAUUUACCCUAUUGAGGGUCUAAGUCCUUACCAAAACAACUGGACCAUUAAAGCUCGUGUAACACAAAAGUCUGAGAUCAGAACAUGGUCCAAUCAACGGGGCGAGGGGAAGUUGUUCAACGUUACCCUAAUGGACGAGUCUGGUGAAAUUCGGGCUACCGGUUUCAACGCUGUUGUUGACGAACUUUACGAAAAACUGGAAGAGGGAAAAGUAUAUCUCAUAUCCAAGGCCAGGGUCAAUCUUGCGAAGAAGAAAUUCUCUAAUGUCCAAAAUGACUAUGAGCUUAGUCUUGAAAAACAUACUGAAGUGGAAGAAUGCUUGGAAACAUCGGGCUUGCCAAUGAUCAAGUAUAACUUCAUUUCACUUUCAGAGCUGGAAGCACAACCUAAGGAUUCAACUUGCGAUGUUGCUGCUAUUGUCAAAGAAGUUGGCCCCCUUGGUGAAAUCGUCUCGAAGACCAACCGAACGAUCCCCAAGCGCGAACUUACGAUUGUGGAUAAAUCUGGAUUUUCAGUCCGACUCACGCUUUGGGGAAAACAGGCAGAACAAUAUAAUAGCGAAGGGCAUCCCGUCAUCGCAUUCAAAGGUGUCAAAGUAGGGGACUUUGGAGGACGUUCCUUAUCCAUGAUAAGCACCAGUAUGAUGAGUAUUGAUCCUGACAUCGAUGAGUCGCAUCUCCUGCGAGGUUGGUAUGAUUCUAUCGGGGUUGAGCAAGCAUUCCAAUCGCACUCCAAUGCCAAUUCUUCGAUGGGGAUGUCUACUGUAUUCAAUCGCUCUGAAAUGCGCCAUCUCAGUGAUGUAAAAGAAUCGCAACUGGGAAUGUCGGACAAGACAGACUUUUUCUCAUGCCGGUCAACCAUCAUGCAUAUCAAGGGCGAGAACAUAUCGUACCCCGCUUGUCCCACUCAAGGAUGCAAUAAAAAGGUGACUGACAUCGGUGACGGGUGGAGGUGCGAGAAAUGCGAAAAGACCUUUGAACGUCCUGAACAUCGAUAUAUUAUAUCGUUGGCUGUGGCUGAUUGGUCAACUCAAGCAUGGCUACAAGGUUUCAAUGAUGCAGGUGUUGCUGUCUUUGGCAAAUCCGCGGAUGAUUUGAUGGAAAUCAAAGAGCGUGAUGAGGCAGAGUAUAACACAGUGAUGGCCAAAGCAAGUGGUGCCACAUUCAACUUUACAUGCCGUGCGAAGCAAGAUACAUACAACGAUCAAACACGCGUUCGUUAUGGGAUUGUUAAGCUGAAUCCCGUGGACUAUCGCGAGGAAGCAAAAUAUCUGCGGGACCUCCUCAACUCCCCUUGGGCGCAGUGAUACUCGAAGGUUUGAUGAUGCGGACCACACCGAAAUAAAUGUACGAUAGCCUUCCUUUUCCUUCUAUAAAAAUAAAUCAGAUCCGUCCGUUUGAUUUUUGAGUUUAAAGUAUUUUGGACCGUUGAGAAAGUAUCCAAUUGCCGCAUUGCAAACAUGUAAGUAUAAAUGUUAAGUUGUAAAAAUAUAGUAGCGCGUUCUUUAUUAGUGUUGCGUGUGGUAAUCUUAAGAGUUCAGGAAUAUGUAGUACAGGUCAUGGUGGAUCUAAGGGAUAAUGAUACGCUUUUAGUAGAAUUCGCCAUACGACACCCAGCCCUUUCAGUAUUUCCUUGGUCGCUACUUUCCCAGCUGGAGGAAUUUCAAACUGUAGAGACCCAAGAAAUGACCAUACAUGGCUUUCCAGAAUCGAUUCAUCGCCGUCCUUAAAUACUGGUAAAGCGGGUGUAGCGGAUGUAGAUCGAGCCAUAUCAGUAGUGGUAGACAGAUCAAACAGAUGAGCGUUAGUUGAGGAGGUACCGCUUGCUUGUGCUGUAGGAGUAGGCUGGGUUAUUGAUGUCGAAACCCCAGUGGUUUCACCAAACCAUCGCCCGCCGCCACUUGAUUGCUCCAUAGUCAUGGUCACGGUCAUUGUCUCCGUCGCGGUAGUUGUGCAUGCUAGAUCACCUGCAUUUGAAAUAGGACGUGAUGGAUGGCUCAUAGGCCGGAGCUCGUUUCGCAUGUCGAGGAGAGGCAUAAGCAAAAGAAUGAAAGGUAAUAUCCAUAUGAGUAUCUGGCUUGAUUUGCGUAUGAUGUCCCAGCUCGUGACUCCUCUUGAUGAAGCGGCGUGACGCCAUGUGAGCGACAGCCGGGGAUCAAACAGUUCAUCCAUAGCAUAAUGCGAUAGUCUGUAACCUUCAGGAGUCUUUCGGUGUUCCGCAAGAUU